AUGCCCUCCCAACUAGGAUGGAUCUGGCCCAAAGAUCCCCGCCCCGGCAACCCACAACAUUGGCCACGCCGCUGGCGCCUGUUUGACAUCCUGACAAAUAAAGGGCCAGACAUCUACGUGGGUCGAAUCUCCCAGUCCAAAACCAAGACUAGAAAGCAUUCCUCUCAACCUCGGCCCGGCCCCACAAGACAGGAAUGGUCCCGAUGGGAGAAUAAGCCCAACGACCCUGACGCGGACUACAGCCCAUUCCCUUGGGCAGGGCGGCCUGCGGGCGAGCGCUAUGAUUUCCGCACGAGGAAGUACCACGUCCCCGACCAUGGGACGUGGAGUGAUGUUGAAUAUUGCAAUGGGAUAAGGGCUCAUAGGGGGGAAUGGACUGGGAAGGAGGAGGUGCAUUGUGUGCCGAUGCGAUUUUGGGAUCGGAAUGGGGUUGAGUAUCCAGCGGAAUUCUGGCAUGAUAGUCUUUAUGGAAACCACAGAGAUCAUGAUGAUCGAAGGAAUGGAUGGGAUGGGAGGAGGUAG